CAAGCCCAUCCCCCGUUUUCGCACGCAGAAGGGCCACGGCGUGUCAUGGCAUAGCUAAGCUAAAAAAGUGACCAGCGGCCACAUCAAUCACAUCGGAGCCUGCCCCAUUUCCGAUUUUUGCUCGAGCCGCGCACACCGCAGCAGCAACACCACAGCAACCAUAGCGACGACCGCCAUGAUCAUGAUGCCCACCAGCCCCCACGGAGGUAGUGUCAUCGUUCCACCUGCGCCCGCGACGCCGAUCACGCGCGGCUUGUGGUCUGAGCAGGAGCACGAACAAUUCCUGCACGCCAUGAAGAUGUUCCCGACGGGACCAUGGCGCUCUAUCGCCGCCUUUAUUGGCACGCGCUCCAUCAAGCAGGUGCAGACACACGCGCAGAAGUACCAACAGAAGAUCAACCGCCGCCGACGCGGCCUGCGCAAACAGAAGAAGAAAUUCGUACGCCCCGAGCACCGCGUGGAUGCCCAUGCCACAGGCUGCAUCCAGCGUGUGAAGAACUUUACAGUGCAGGGCUCUCCGCGCUCGCCGUCUGCCUUUCCGGUCGGUGCCAUGUCGCCGUUGAGCUGCGGCUUUGGGCAGCUUCUGACCGGUGACUGCAGCCCCGUGGCAAGCGACGUAGAUAGCAGCAUCAGCAGCUCAAGUCCCGUCAGCUUCGCUGAUCUGGACAUGGACAUUGAUAUGGACCCACUGCUGUGCGAGUUGGAGCCGCUGCCAUACACGUCCGAAAUGUCUUUCGAGCAAGUUCUGGCCGACGACGCCUACCGACAAGACGUGCAGGAGUCGAUCGACCUACUUCUUGCCUAAUUUAUUGCGCCAUCGCGGCAAUCCGUAACAUCUCAAAAGAAGUCCUGCUCGGUAGGAAGAGCCAAAUGCAACGAGAUAAUAUCAGUUAUACGCUUUUAAUUGUCUACACAUCCUUCCGUUUCAUACGUUGCCAGAGAAUGUGUAUGCAGCGUGCUCAAUAAGGAAGCAUCCAGGUCAUCAGCGUUCACAGCAGGCCGUUAGUCCGGUGACUCACAGUGUGAGAGCAAAACGCUUCUGCCAAGCCUGAAGACUUACUGAAGUUGCCGACUUCGACGUGCAAAUCAUCACUUGUGAGUAUUUUGUGAUUUGCGCUGUUUUGAAUUUGUCUCGGACCAAAGCAAAUAUUAUCAGACUAUUUUACUACAAGCAGUCUCCGACAAUGAGCAGCGACGACCCUGUGAACGGUGGCCUUGCCGGUUGAGAAUGGAC